AUGGUAAUAACUCUUUCUGGAAGAUUGGAGGUUUUCUAUAACAAUCAGUGGGGAACAGUGUGUGAUAAUGGCUGGAAUCUGUCAGAUGCAAAGGUGGUUUGUAGAGAGAUGGGCUGCGGGGAUGCUUUUGAGGCAAAGAGUGGUGCUUUUUUUGGACAAGGUGGGGCAAACAUAUUUUUGAGCGAAAUUAACUGUGUUGGAACUGAGUCUACGUUGAGCAGUUGCAGCUCUAAGAAACCGGGACAGUUUAACUGUGACCAUUCAAAGGAUGCUGGAGUCAUCUGUCGCUCCCUUGUCAGAUUGGUGAAUGGCAGUCACUUCUGUUCUGGACGAGUAGAGGUUCUCAAUGAUGAUCAGUGGGGAACAGUGUGCGAUAGCGGCUGGGAUUAUUCAGAUGCUGCAGUGAUAUGUAAAGAAAUGGGCUGUGGGAAUGUUUUUGACCUAAGGAUCAGUGGGUUUUUUGGGCAGGGAUCAGGACCGGUAUGGCUAAGUGAUGUACAAUGUUCUAACACCGAAUCAACUCUGAGACAAUGUAAUUUACAGGGAUGGGCAAAAAACUCAUGCGGACAUGAGAAGGAUGUUGCAGUCGCCUGUCAACGCAGAAUUAUGUUAGAAAAUGGCUUCAGUGCUUGUUCUGGAAGAGUGGAAAUUUUCUAUAAUCGCAGUGGAUACAAUGAGUGGGGAACAGUAUGUGAUAAUAAUUGGGAUCUAACAGACGCUGCAGUGGUGUGUAGGGAGAUGGGAUGUGGAAAUGCUAUAGCAGCAAAGAGCGCUGCUUUUUUCGGAGCCGGUGGGGGUAUAAUAUGGUUGGAUAAUGUCAACUGCAUUGGAAAUGAGCUCACCCUCGCAGCCUGUCAGUCCAACAGAUUAGAAUCUAACAAUGUCCAUUACAAGGAUGUUGGAGUAAUCUGUCAAUGUAAGUUGGUCUAUAUAAGAAUACUAAAAGAAUAUUGUAAAUGAAUAUUAGUUAACCCAAAAAUUAAAAACUUUGUUAUCAUUUAACUCUAGGCUACCAAGACAACACAUUGAAUUUGUAGGGGAAGAACUAGAAUAAAGAUUCUGUA